AUGGAAGAACUUACGGCGUUCGUCUCGAAGUCUUUCGACCAGAAAGUGAAGGAGAAGAAGGAGGCUAUCACGUACCGGGAGGUGCUGGAGAGCGGGCCGCUGCGCGGGGCCAAGGAGCCGAGCGGCUGCUCGGAGCCGGGCCGCGACGACCGCAGCAGCCCGGCAGUCCGGGCGGCCGGCGGAGGCGGCGGCGGAGGAGGCGGAGGAGGCGGAGGCGGAGGAGGCGGCGGAGGCGGAGGCGGAGGAGGCGCAGGCGGAGGAGCUGGAGGAGGAGGGCGCUCUCCCGUCCGGGAGCCGGACAUGGGCGCCGCCGAGAGAAGCAGGGAGCCGGGCAGCCCGCGGCUCACCGAGGUGUCCCCAGAGCUGAAGGAUCGCAAAGAGGAUGCGAAGGGGAUGGAGGACGAAGGCCAGACCAAAAUCAAGCAGAGGCGAAGUCGGACCAAUUUCACCCUGGAACAACUCAACGAGCUGGAAAGGCUUUUUGAUGAGACUCACUACCCGGACGCCUUUAUGCGUGAAGAACUGAGCCAACGGCUGGGGCUGUCCGAGGCCCGAGUGCAGGUUUGGUUUCAAAAUCGAAGAGCUAAAUGUAGAAAGCAAGAAAAUCAACUUCAUAAAGGCGUCCUCAUAGGGGCUGCCAGCCAAUUUGAAGCUUGUAGAGUAGCACCCUACGUCAAUGUAGGUGCUUUAAGGAUGCCAUUUCAGCAGGAUAGUCAUUGCAACGUGACGCCCUUGUCCUUUCAGGUUCAGGCGCAGCUGCAGCUGGACAGCGCCGUGGCGCACGCGCACCACCACCUGCACCCGCACCUGGCCGCGCACGCGCCCUACAUGAUGUUCCCGGCGCCGCCCUUCGGACUGCCGCUCGCCACGCUGGCCGCAGACUCAGCAUCUGCCGCCUCCGUCGUGGCUGCCGCUGCCGCUGCCAAGACUACCAGCAAGAACUCCAGCAUCGCGGAUCUCAGACUGAAAGCCAAAAAGCACGCGGCCGCCCUGGGUCUGUGACGGCAGCGCCAGGGUCGCGCCUGCAGCACGGCGCGCAGCCUGCAUGCCCUCCGAGCCCCGCUGCUUCUCUGUUACCUGCCCCGGACCUCGGAAUCCGAGCCUCUUUCUGCCCCGCCGAUGGCCCCUUGCCCCCUUCUGCAUCCCGGACUCGGAGGGCAGCACCCGGGAUCCGAAGAAGGGCACCAGCUUCGUGGCUCCUGACCAUUCACCUGUCUAGGGGCCUAGAAUUUGGCUUUGUAGGGAUGGGUUUGGGAAGUCUGAAGAGUGCUGGGACAGUGAAGUGUGGCUCACGGUAAAACUGCAACGAUGGACUUUUGCGUAGAAAUAAAAAUCUUGUUAGUAAAAAAUGAGGGGGAAACUGUAGAAAAGACAAACCAGAGAGAAAAAGAGAAAGGGAACUUAUUGCUAUUCAGCAGAAGC